AUGCCAUUCAUCUCAUCCCCGAGUACCGCGGUGCUCGGAAAUUCGGACGGCAAUGCACAAAAAAGGAAGGCUACUGAUCCAGAUCAAAGCUCGCCGCAAGCAGAACCGAAGCGACCGAAGUUUGUGGGUGGAUUUGUCGACGAUGAUGACGACGACGAGGCAAGAGAUGAUAUUGCCGCUUUGAAUGAUGCACAACUGAAAAGCCAGUUCGAGCUGGAAGAUAACCCGGAGCCCGCGCCGCAAGACCUACCCGGAAUCCCAGAACAGUCACAGAUAUCAUCAUUGGCAGCUUUACAGAACGACGACUUUCCAAUAGCUUCCACAAUUCAAGCCGAAAUGACGUCUCGACCCGCCGUUGCCCCGUCGAAGGAAUUCCAGAUCAAGACUUGCGAUGGCAAGACACAUCAUAUUCCGUCACGAAAGGCCCAACCCUCGGUUUCUUACGAGCGUAUCAUUGCUAGUCGAUCUGAGGCCGACCCUGUCAGAGCGCAAAGAAGCUACUACGGCAUUGAUAUCCAUAAGUUGCUUGAUGAAACCGCAAAGGAAACAGCUUCUUCCGAAGCACCGCCCAGGCCUCCAGUCCAGCAAUCCAUUGAGCGGACUGAAAAGAAUGCGAAGCAGAGAAAGGCCGACUCAAUGAUGUGGACCGAGAAGUACCGCGCCCGCAAAUUCACGGACCUAAUUGGAGAUGAACGCACGCACCGGGCUGUGCUUCGCUGGCUCAAAUGCUGGGAGCCAAUCGUAUUUCCAGGCCUGGCCAAGUCGUCCAGAAUAAGGAAGACUGGUCAUAAUGCAGACGACGAAGAGCACAUGCACCGCAAGGUCCUUCUUCUCAGCGGACCACCUGGGCUUGGCAAGACAACUCUGGCGCACGUGUGUGCCAGACAGGCUGGCUACGAAGUACUUGAGAUCAAUGCCAGUGAUGAGCGCAGUCGAGAUGUGGUUAAGGGUCGCAUCCGUGACGCAUUGGGUACAGAGAACGUCAAGGGCUCAAACGUUGAAGUGGGUGAGAACAAGGUUCGACGUGCUGCCAGACCUGUCUGCGUCGUUGUAGACGAGGUUGACGGUGUCGUUAGCGGAUCUGGCAGUGGUGGCGAAGGUGGCUUCAUGAAAGCACUAAUUGAUUUGGUGCUACUUGACCAGCGAAACUCUACCAGGUCUGCUGAAAAUGGUGGGAAGUUCGGUAAGAAGCGCAAAGGCGAUACCUUCCGCUUCAUGAGGCCAUUAAUUCUGGUUUGCAAUGAUUUGUAUCAUCCCAGCCUUCGGCCUCUGCGCGCGUCUUCUAUCGCUGAAAUGAUCCAUGUUCGACAAGCGCCAUUGGAGAAUGUUGUUCAACGUGUAAAGAACAUUUUUGUUCGAGAAGGAAUUACAUGUGACGGAGACGGUGCAAGAAGGCUGUGCGAAGCAGCCUGGGGUUUGUCAGGCAGAAGGCAGCGUAAUUCAAAGAACAGCGGCUCUGCAGAAGGUGAUAUCCGCAGUGUCCUUGUUGCCGCAGAAUGGGUAGCACACAAGCUUCGCAACGAGUCCUCGACUUCUUUGCGGCUGACUCGAAAUUGGCUAGAAUCCCGAAUACUUCGUGCAUCGACUGAAGGGGGCACAUUCUUCAAGGAGAUGAGCCGCGGGGGUGUUCGGGAGAUUGUGAAUCGCGUUUUUACUGAAGGUGCUGGUUUCACAGAUGCCCCUGUGGGCAUGACAUCCUUCCAGGACCGAUUUAGUGGGCCUAAUAGCAAAACCCCAGUGGGUGUAGCGGAUUUGCGAAAGAGACAUGCUAUUAACCGUCUACGUGAGAUGAUUGAUGCCAGCGGUGACCAUGACCGGUGCGUUACGGAUUGCUUCGCUGCAUAUCCCAUCCAGCAAUACCAAGACGACACUUUCUUAUCCAAGCCCACCGCGGCGUAUGAUUGGCUUCAUUUCCAUGACUCCAUCUCCUCCAAAGUCCAUUCAUCUCAGGAAUGGGAACUGGGCCCUUAUUUGAGCCAGUCAGUUCUCGCCUUCCACCAUUUAUUUGCUUCUGCAGCUGGUAAAGUCGACGCCCAUGAACGAGACAAUGAAGAUGAGGAUGCUGAGGAAGAGCACCCUUUCUCUGGUCCCAAGGCUGAAUACGCUGCCUUUGAGGCUCAAAAGGAAAACCGGGCCAUCCUGAAUGGAUUCCACUCUUCCUUCUCAGCUCCUAUGACGCGAAUAUUCCGAUCUCCCGAUAAUGUCAUCACCGACCUGGUGCCGUAUCUAGUCCGGAUGUUGUCACCGGAUGUGAAGCCAGUGAUUGUUCGAGGGAGUGGCGAGCAGCGGAGCACGGCCAGCGUACGCAAAGAAAGCGAACGUGCUCUCGUACAGUCCGCCGUGCGCGUUAUGUCCAGCAUAAACAUGACGUUUGAGAAGGUCCGAGUGGAGCAUGAAGGCGGAAGCCACGGCGGAUGGGCCUACAGAAUGGAACCGUAA